AUGAGUAUGGUUGCUGAAGAGCCCUUCAUGGGUCCAAACUUGAAUAUCACUCUCACUUGUCCUGAAUGUAAAAUAUAUCCUCCAGAUCUUAUUGAAAGGUUUAGUGAAGGGGAUAUUGUUUGUGGAAGUUGUGGAUUAGUUCUUAGUGAUAGAGUUGUGGACACCAGAUCAGAAUGGAGAACGUUUUCCAAUGAUGAUCAAAAUGGGGACGAUCCGAGUCGUGUAGGUGAUGCAGGAAAUCCUUUAAUGGACACUGAAGAUUUAUCUACUAUGAUUUCGUAUGUUCCAGAAAAUACCAGAGUUGGUAGAGAAUUGAAUAGAGCACAAUCCAAAUCUCUUGUGGAUAAGAAGGAUAACGCAUUAUCUGCAGCCUAUGCAAAAAUCUCCCAAAUGUGUGACGGGUAUCAACUUCCUAAAAUUGUUCAAGAUGGUGCAAAGGAAGUUUAUAAACUUGUUUAUGAUGAAAAAAGACUUCGGGGUAAAUCUCAAGAGUCUAUAAUGGCAGCAGCUAUUUUCAUUGGGUGUCGUAAGGCUUCUGUUGCCCGUACAUUUAAAGAAAUUUGGGCAUUAACCAAUGUUCCUCGUAAGGAAAUUGGUAAAGUAUUCAAAAUUAUGCAUAAACUUUUACAAGAAAAGAAUGCCGCAAACCCAAAUGCAUACUCUUUAAUCCAAGACAAUAUUCAAACUACUCAAACUUCUGCAGAAGAUUUAAUCAGAAGAUACUGUUCUCAUUUGGGGUUGUCUACCCAAGUUACCAAUGCAGCAGAAUACAUUGCUAGACAAUGUAAGGAAGUUGGUGUAUUGGCUGGUAGAUCUCCAAUCACCAUUGCUGCAACCGUAAUCUAUAUGGCAGCUUUAGUUUUUGGUGCUGAUUUGCAACCUUCCAAGAUUGCUGAGAAAACUGGUGUCAGUGAUGGGACGAUUAAGACUUCAUACAAAGUCAUGUAUGAAGAAAAGAGUAGAUUAAUAGAUCCAUAUUGGAUUGAAAGUGGGAAAGUUAAAUUGGAGGAUAUUCCAAAGACUUAA